UCCUGGGCCUACCCAGUGCGUGCCUAUAAAAGCAAGUCAUUGUUAAAUAAGACCAACGCAGAAGGCCGGCAAGAGUGAGAGAUCAUCAUCGUACCUCCAGGAUGGCCGAGCCUCUGAUAACCAACGGCAAUGGAGCUGCUGAAGGGGGUGCUGCGGGCUCUGCGUUUGCGUCGGUGAAGGUGCCGCCACCGUCGCCGCCGAGGAGGCUGCAGAGGUUCGACUCCCUGCAUAUGGAGGCCGGGAAGAUUCCUGGCGGCCACAGCUAUGCGGCCAAGGUUGGCUGGGCGACGACACUGCACUUGGCCUUCCAGAGCCUAGGUGUGGUUUAUGGGGACAUGGGAACUUCACCCCUCUAUGUGUUCUCCAGCACCUUUACUGGUGGGAUCAAGGACACAGAUGACCUCCUUGGUGUCAUGUCCCUGAUUAUCUAUACUGUGCUUCUCCUUCCAUUGAUGAAAUACUGCUUCAUUGUCUUGAGAGCUAAUGACAACGGCGAUGGUGGAACAUUUGCACUUUAUUCCUUGAUAUCUCGGUAUGCUAGGAUUAGCUUGAUACCAAACCAGCAGGCUGAAGAUGCAACAGUCUCUCACUACAAGUUAGAGUCCCCCACGAAUCGUGUCAAGCGGGCUCAUUGGAUUAAGGAAAAGAUGGAAAACAGCCCGAAAUUUAAGGUCAUACUUUUCCUAGUGACAAUUCUAGCAACAUCAAUGGUUAUUGGUGACGGUGUGCUCACUCCAUGUAUUUCAGUGCUUAGUGCAGUUACCGGAAUCAAGCAAUCAGCAAAGUCGUUAACUCAAGGACAAAUUGCUGGCAUCGCAAUCGGCAUUCUGAUCGUCCUCUUUCUUGUCCAGCGCUUUGGCACAGACAAAGUUGGUUACACAUUUGGCCCAGUAAUCUUUAUAUGGUUCAUCUUAAUUGCCGGCAUUGGGAUUUAUAAUUUGAUCAAACAUGAUACUGGAAUUCUGAAAGCAUUCAACCCACAAUACAUAGUGGAAUAUUUCCAAAGAAAUGGGAAGGACGGCUGGAUUUCGCUUGGAGGUGUUAUCUUAUGCAUUACAGGAACCGAAGCAAUGUUUGCUGACCUUGGUCACUUCAAUGUGAGAGCAGUUCAGAUUGGCUUUUCUGCAGUUCUGCUCCCAUCAGUAUUGCUUGCUUACAUGGGUCAGGCUGCAUAUCUUCGCAUCCACCCUGAAGAUGUUGCAGAUACAUUCUACAAAUCAAUCCCAGGUGAGAUCAUAAGAGGAUCAGCUAAGAAAUGGAAUGAGUUAGGCACUGAAAGAUUAAUAUUUAACAACAAACUCAUUUAUUUUGUCACAGGUCCAUUAUAUUGGCCAACAUUUGUGGUGGCCGUGGCUGCUGCUAUAAUUGCAAGCCAAGCUAUGAUUUCUGGUGCCUUUGCAAUCAUUGCUCAGUCCCAAGUUCUUGGUUGCUUUCCACGGGUUCGUGUCACUCACACCUCAAAAAAGUAUCAUGGGCAGGUCUACAUCCCUGAGAUCAACUAUGCAUUAAUGAUCUUGUGUGUAGCUGUGACAGCUAUUUUCCAAACUACAGACAAGAUCGGCAAUGCAUAUGGUAUUGCUGUCGUCUUUGUGAUGUUCAUAACAACACUUCUAGUCACACUGGUAAUGGCCAUGAUAUGGAAGACAAGUCUGCUGUGGAUUGCACUCUUUCCAAUAAUAUUUGGCAGCGCAGAGCUCCUGUACUUAUCCUCAGCAUUCUACAAAUUUGUAGAAGGUGGCUACUUGCCACUAGGUUUUGCAGCAAUUUUGAUGCUUAUAAUGGGCACAUGGCACUAUGUUCAUGUUCAUCGGUACAAAUACGAGCUCAAGAACAAAGUGUCAAACAACUAUGUGGCCGAGUUGGCAACAAGGCGAAAUCUUGCUAGGCUGCCAGGAAUAGGCGUUCUGUACUCUGAGCUUGUGCAAGGAAUCCCACCCAUACUGCCCCAUUUGGUAGAAAAAGUACCUUCCAUCCAUUCAGUUCUUGUGAUUAUCUCAAUAAAGUUCUUACCAAUCAGCAAUAUAGAAACAAAUGAGAGGUUCCUCUUCCGAUACGUGGAGCCAAGAGAAUACAGGGUAUUCCGAUGUGUGGUGCGCUAUGGUUACAACAAUAAAGUAGAAGAUCCAAGAGAGUUCGAGAACUUGCUUAUUGGGAACUUGAAGCAAUUCAUCCAUCAAGAAUCACUCUACAGCGAAAGUAGUCAUUCCCUUGAAGGAGAAGAUAAUGCAUUCGAAGAAUCAGGAGAUGCAAUGGAGCCUUCUGUUGAAGUUCAAGACACAAGGUUGCCGAAAAGGUUUUUAGAUGGAAUCACUGCCAGCCCAGUGAACGGGUUAAUGGAUGAGAUAGAGUUUAUUCAGAGAGGGAUGGAUGAUGGUGUUGUCCAUCUGCUGGGAGAAACUAACGUGGUGGCGGAGCAAGAUGCCAGAUUGGUGAAGAAAAUAAUAGUUGACUACGCCUACAAUUUCAUGAGGAAGAACUUCAGGCAACCAGAGAAGAUCACAUGUGUUCCACAUAACAGGCUGCUGCGGGUGGGAAUGACAUAUGAGAUCUAGAGAGAUGCUCAGUGGAUUGAUCAAAUUGACAAUAGCUUCAGUUUUCUCAGUACCGAGUGCAGAAAGGAUAUGCAGAGGAAGAUGGUGACCGCGUAAACAGUCUCCCUGACAGAACAGCAGAGGAUGGACAGAGUUUCCACGUACAAGUGGUGAAACUACAGUACAUGCAAUAUGUAUUUACCAUAUAAUAUUUUUGUUAGGGAAAUUAUACUGUAUAAGUGUUUGUUAGCAGUAAGUAUGCAUAGCUGUCAAACCCCUAGUUUGGCCAACUCUUUGCCUUCUUUUUGGAAAACUCAAAAUCUUAGUAUGUGCAGUUGUACACAAAGAUUGUAACCUACCGGCAAAAGUUAAACGAAGAAUAAAGUAUUGCUUUUGUACAUUCAU